AAAGGAUGAUCUGACAACACUGCAACAUUGGUUGCGCCAGCGCCUGAAUAAAAUCAAUAAAUCAAUACCAAUAGUAGUUGUUUCCAGCUUGUGAUUUGUUUAAGUUAGCAUCACCAAGCUGCAGCGCACAAAAAGACUCAGAGCACAAGCUAAAGCUAAAACGGGCUACUAAACCGGGAUUGCAGAGCACAAGCUAAACGAAGAAUUAACUACAAAACCGUGAUUGCUCGUACCAAAAACCAAGAAAUUUGCUGAGGUCGAAAUAUAACUGUCACAAGAACAUUAACUAUGCGCCAGAUAAGCGCAUUUUGACAUUAAAAAUCUAUAGAAACUUUAAUCUAACUUAAUUAAAAAUGCCUUUGUUUGGCAAAAAGGAUUCUGGCAAGAAAGCCAAGGCGAAGGAAAUGAAAGAGUUAAAUAAACAAGUAUCAAUAGAGGAAAAGUACAAUCUUCAUGGACUUUUGGGGACUGGAGCUUUUUCAGAAGUACGACUAGCAGAAAGCAAAGAUGUGCCCGGCGAUCAUUUUGCAGUAAAAAUUAUCGAUAAAAAAGCUCUAAAGGGCAAGGAGGAAUCGUUGGAGAACGAAAUACGUGUUUUGAGAAGGUUCAGUGCAAAUCAUUUCGGUGGCAAAUGUCCAAACGGAGCGCGAUUGACACAUCCGAAUAUCGUGCAACUCUUGGAAACGUAUGAGGACAAGUCGAAGGUGUAUCUAGUUAUGGAACUGGUUACUGGUGGCGAACUCUUCGACCGCAUUGUGGAGAAGGGUUCUUACACUGAAAAAGACGCCUCACAUCUCAUCAGGCAGAUUCUGGAAGCGGUCGAUUAUAUGCAUGAGCAGGGUGUCGUUCAUCGUGAUCUUAAGCCAGAAAACUUACUCUACUAUAGUCCUGAUGACGAUAGCAAAAUAAUGAUUAGCGAUUUUGGUUUAUCUAAAAUUGAGGAUUCUGGAAUUAUGGCAACAGCAUGUGGAACUCCGGGAUAUGUUGCUCCUGAGGUGCUAGCACAAAAACCAUACGGAAAAGCCGUUGAUGUGUGGAGUAUUGGAGUAAUAUCUUACAUUCUUUUAUGUGGCUAUCCUCCGUUUUAUGACGAAAAUGAUGCGAAUCUUUUUGCUCAGAUUUUAAAAGGAGAUUUCGAAUUCGAUUCACCAUAUUGGGAUGAAAUAAGCGAGUCCGCCAAGCAUUUUAUAAAAAACCUGAUGUGCGUAGCAGUAGACACUCGAUAUACGUGCAAACAAGCUUUGGCGCAUGCCUGGAUAUCCGGAAACGAGGCCAGUAACAGAAACAUUCAUGGAACAGUCUCAGAACAAUUGAAGAAAAACUUUGCUAAAUCGCGUUGGAAGCAAGCCUAUUACGCCGCCACAGUUAUUAGGCAAAUGCAGCGGAUGGCACUAAACAGCAAUAGUAGUGGAAAUAGUGAUUCUACUGGGGGUAACAGCGGCAACCAAAAUGACUCUUCAAAUUUAACAGCAGCUUCGGGAACAUCCAUUUCCAGUGUUCUGUCAACAACACAACAAUCUAAGCAAAAUAGCGCACAAGAUGUUAGCGACUCAAUACUUAGCACAAAUGGAGGAUCCUCACAGUAGCAAAGUUGAAUAUCAAAAUGUGUUACAUAUAUAAUAUACUGUUUUAAAUUACAUUUUUGAACUUAAACAAUAGAUCUAGUCUAGUAAAUAUGUCAUGUUUACAAAUCGGAUAAUUUUUACAAUUGAAAAUACCAAAACAUAAUGAUAAUGUGGGUACAGCUGCACUGUUCCAUUUCGAAAAAAUAUUCAAGUUGGUAGGUUACUGCUUAAUCAACGCAACACACACUAAAAAUGCAAUCCGUCA